UAAAUUCUAGCUAGAUGACGUGCUUCUGAAAAGGUUGAAUUGCACCACUUAUUCAGCACUACUACAAACGAUAUGGUGAUAUGAGCCAGGAUUCUGGAGCCAGAGUUUGUCUAUUAUGUAAAUAAAGGCAAGGCCACGGUAGCAGGCUGCUCGACGGACUCCAAUGGAGUGCUGGCGGCGAAAAGAUGAAGCCUGGAAAGCCGGGACGAAAUACUAGCUACUUUUUAUUAGCUUGUGUUCAUUGCUAUUUGCUCUCGGCGCGUUGCAGUGUUCCUUGUUCUCUACAUGUUGCAAAUUAUCCCUGAACUUAGGGUUGCUUGAAAUUGCCUUUACAAGAGUUGCAGUUUAAUAAACACGAAAAAGGGCCCACCUUGACGAUACCGGUGUUUGCCCAUCAAGACGUAAGUAUCUGUGAUUCUGAUGUUUCAAAUACGUCUCCAGAAUGUCAAGCAGCAUGGUAAACUGGCUGAAUAUCAAUACACGACUAUCCUGCAAUAAAGAAACAGAUAUUCUGAUCAUUUCAUGAGAAAGAUCUUGUCAAUGGUCAUAGAGAUUAAAACGAUCUUUUGACAUUUGAACUAUAAGUUGUGAAUAUCAAAAGUUUAUCGGAUAUUAAAAGUCAACCAACCAUCGGGGAAAAUUUCGACCUUACUUCGUGCGAAAAUUUAAAAUCAUGUAACAGCAGAGGGUCAUCUGUUGUUUUUGUCAAAGACACCUGCGAAUUGGCCUGCGUAAUUUCACAAGUUUGAAUUCUUAAUCAACCGUGUUGAUAACUUAGAGCCUGUGAGAACUAGUAAGAGGAGUUUAUCAUUGGCAAAGCAAGCGGCAGGGCCCAAAAAGACAAACAAUAUUAACUUGAAAGCUAUCCUGAAGCAUUAUAAUAGUCCCAGAAUAGUCGGCAAGACGAUAAAGCGGUCAGAUUGUGACAAAGAAUAGUAAGAAGAGAAGGCUGGUUGUCAAACAUAACAAUAGCUACUAGUCACAGAUUGCUGAGCUUUAAAGAACAAGAUGAACCAAUCCAUCGGAAUUUGUCCUAUACAAACAACCCAAUACGCUCGGUUAUCAACACUGGUGAUAAUCGGUAUCUGCGCGGUAUCAACGAUAAUAACCAUCAGUGCCAACACAAUAGUGAUAGUCGCAUUUGCCAAACACAGACCUCUACAUUCGCCUGCGAAUUUACUCCUAGGCUCCUUGGGAAUCAGUGAUCUUCUUGUAGGCUUUGUUUCGAAGCCUAUAUACUUGACGUUGUUAGUGAGCAUUGUAAACGAUUUAGCACAUUUGACAACUAUCAAUACAGUCUUUCUUUACUCGAUGGUUCUGUCUGUUGGCACAUCGCUUCUACACGUGUUCGUGAUCACAGCUGAUCGUUUUCUAGCAAUUUGCUUUCCGUUUGUUUACCAAAAACUUGUGACUUGUAAAGUUUACGCGUACAUGUUGGCAGCAUCGAAUGGCCUGUUGGUGAUCAUAUUUUUCACACAACCCCAGGGAUACUACUCAUUUAUCAAGAUAGGCGGUCUUGCUGGGUUCAUUCUAAUGAUCAUUUUUUAUACAGGCAUUUACAUUGUGAUCCGUAAACAGCAACGAAUGGUCUUCAGUUUGGGAGAGAUUGAAGGAGAAGCCCAGAACCCAGCGACCACUGCAACAGAAAACAAAAGCAAGAUGUACACAAUCGUGAUUCUGCUUUUAAUGUUUGUGGCAUGCAACGCCCCCGCUUUGUUCGCAGCUUACAAAAGAAAGGAACCCCUAGACAUUUGCACGCAAAAAGUGAACGAAGCCGUUGUCGCUCUAUGGACCAGAUUAUUGCUACUUCUCAACAGUACUUUGAAUCCAAUGGUAUACUGUUUUCGAAUGUCUUGCGUUCGGCAGGCAAUCAAAAGUCUAUUUGAGUAACAGCCUGUUUAGUAGGACUAAUCAUAACUCUUGGUUGGCGAUGUCACUGGAGGUGUCCAUAUCUAGCUAUGUUUUCGAACAGAUGUAGCCAAGUUUAGGCAAUGGAAAUCUCUUGAAGAAGGCUAGCAAACCUUUCUUCGAGCUGCUUUUGAAGACCAAAGAAAAUAAUGCAGUAAUGUGUUAAGAACAGCACAAUAACCUGCUAAAAAUAAAACUUGCAAGUCGACAUUCAAGUAAAGUUGUGAUAUUUAAAAGUUGAUCUUUUAUUUCAUUGUCGACUGACAAUGGGGAAACAAUCAAACUGGUAGUCUUUAAACUUAGUGGGAUUGGUUUUGCAUAUUCGCAUGCUUGUAUCAUAUUAGUUAAUCUGAAUGGUUAAUUGGUGGAGUUAUUGAGAAAACUCUAAAUGCCUCUCAAUCUAUUUAGAAUCUACCAAUGCACUAGCCAGUGUUUGUCUGUAGGUUUCAAAAUUUUGCAACAUCUGCACAUAAACAGUAAACUAUAACGUAAUCUUAGAGAGCUGCAUGCAAAAAAAGGAGUAGCAAAGCACAGUCUUAUCUGUGGUACUGUGGUACUAUUCGCAGUUAAAAUCGAUGACGUCAGUUUCACACUGAAUAAUGUAUUCUGUGGUAGGAACAUUCGUGACUCUUAAAGGAGUCUCAAAUUAAAGUUAGUCUUGAAUUAUAUAAAAUAAAACAUAAAGAGAAAGGUGCCAUGAGAGGUGGGCUCUUGGUCUAUUGUUCUCAAUGUUCUCAAUAAUUGAAAAACGGUAAGGAUGGUUCUGAGUUUCUUGCAAGAUUACAUUCAACAUUGCAGUAUAAACUAUCUUUGUUUAUAAAUGAACAUAGAAAAAAAAAAGCCAAAAAGCAAGCUUCGUAUUACUACUCAUUUCAAGUUUCAUAGAGUCUGGCGGACAGCCUAACCUGCGUUUUCUUCCUUCAAGCAAAAUAAAAGACAUCUGUGUGUCGAUUGAAGUAUAUUACGGUGACACAAAGAAAGAACAACA